AUGGCAUCUCCGCCGCUGGUCGAGGACCAGGCACGACUCCUGGAAGAUGCCUUGACCGUCGUGCGCCAGCAGACGCUCCUGAUGCGCCGCUGCCUGGACACGCCGGGCAAGCUCAUGGAUGCCCUCAAGUGCAGCUCCACUCUCGUCUCCGAGCUGCGCACCUCUAGCCUCGGCCCCAAACAGUACUACGAGCUGUACAUGUCCGUCUUCGAUGCCUUGCGCCAUCUGGCCGUCUACCUACGCGAAUCUCACCCUACCAACCACCUUGCCGACCUCUACGAGCUUGUCCAGUAUGCCGGCAACAUUGUCCCCCGGCUGUACCUCAUGAUCACCGUCGGAACCGUCUACAUGGGCAUUGAGGAUGCCCCCGUAAAGGAGAUUAUGAAGGACAUGAUGGAGAUGAGCAGAGGUGUCCAACACCCUAUUCGUGGUCUCUUCCUCCGCUACUACCUCAGCGGUCAAGCUAGAGACUACCUGCCAACUGGUCAAGGUCAAGGCCCCGAGGGCAACCUUCAAGAUUCUGUCAACUUUGUCCUGACCAACUUUGUCGAAAUGAACAAGCUCUGGGUCAGACUCCAGCAUCAAGGCCACUCGAGAGAGCGCGAGCAACGUACAAAGGAACGUCAGGAGUUGCAACUGCUUGUUGGUAGCAACCUCGUCCGUCUCAGUCAACUGGUUGAUCUUGAGGCCUACAAAUCCUCCAUCCUCCAGCCCUUGCUCGAGCAGGUCGUCCAGUGCCGCGAUGUGCUUGCUCAAGAAUAUCUGCUCGAAGUCAUCACCCAGGUCUUCCCUGACGAAUUCCAUUUACAUACCCUUGAUCAGUUCCUGUCAGCCACUGCACGUCUCAAUCCUCACGUCAACGUCAAAGCUAUUGUCAUUGGCCUCAUGGAUCGCUUGUCUGCCUACGCCGCUCGCGAAUCCGAGUCUGAUGCCCCCGAAGAUCGCGAGAAGGCCGAAUCCGAAGCGACUACAAGACUACUCGAGAAGAUGAAGAUCGCCUCGGAGUCUGCUUCAGCUCCCGCCGACGAAGAAGCAACUCACCAGAACGGUGACUCAAAACCUGAAGACGAUGCUCCUGCCGAGGCCACUGCUGACACCACGACCGAGGAUGCGACAAAGACGGAUUCAGUCGAGACCAAUGGCGAUGCAAAGAAGCAAAGAGGCAUACCCGACAAUGUGCGCCUCUUCGAAGUGUUCCACGAGCAAGUCAUUCACCUCGUCAGUAUGCAGAGAUUGCCAAUCCAGGAUAUCACGGCGCUCCUUGUCUCAUUGAUUAACCUCGCUCUGAACAUCUACCCUGAUCGACUAGAAUACGUCGAUCAGGUCUUCCAAUACGCAAACAAGGAGGUCUCGAGAUUUGCGAACUCGGCUGACCUGCACUCGCAAGCUUCUCAGGCCAACCUUUUGAAUCUGCUUCUUGCGCCAGUCAAGACCUAUCUUUCCCUCUUCACAGCUCUUGCAAUUCCAAGUUUUAUCCCUCUUCUCCAUGCCCAGCCAUAUCCGACUCGUCGAUCGGUGGCUGGAGAAGUUGCGCGAAGCUUGUUACGCAACGAGACCAGGAUAUCGACUUCCGAAAACCUACAAGGAGUGCUGGAGAUUCUCAAGGUUCUGAUCAAGGAGGGAAUGCAACAGCCUUCUGGCUACCCUGGUGGACCUGUACGAAGAGCAGCCGCAGAGACCGAUGAGACUGUCGAGGAACAAGGAUGGCUUGCACGAAUUGUGCAUCUUAUCCGUGGCGAGGAUUGCAACACUCAGUUCAAGUUGCUCCAAUUGGCCCGUGAUGCAUACGCUCAAGGUAAUGAGCGCAUCAAGUACACUACGCCUGCAUUGAUCACAGCCUCGCUCAAGCUCGCUCGCCGGUACAAGGCUCGCGAACACCUCCAAGAUGAUUGGUCAAGCCAAUCUUCUGCACUCUAUAAAUUCUGCCACACACUGAUAUCCACGCUGUAUACUAGAGUUUCUACGCCUGGCGUCCCCGAUCUUGCAUUGAGGCUCUUCAUUUCCUGCGGAUCUGUCGCCGAUCAAUGUGGAUUUGAGGAGGUUGCCUACGAAUUCUUUGCGCAAGCAUUCACUGUGUAUGAAGAGAGCAUCAGCGACUCGAGGGCGCAGUUCCAGGCCAUUUGCGUCAUCGCACAAAGUCUUAGUGGCGCGCGCAACUUCAGCCGCGAAAACUACGAUACUCUCAUCACAAAGUGCGCGCUUCACGGCAGCAAACUGCUCAAGAAACCCGACCAGUGUCGAGCUGUAUACCUUGCCAGUCAUCUGUGGUGGUCAGUGGAGAAGAAUGCGGAAGAGAAUGAAGAGAACAAGGAGAGCAAAGAAGGCAAAGAGCUCUACCGCGAUGGCAAGAGGGUACUCGAAUGCCUGCAGCGCGCGCUCCGUGUGGCCGACGCUUGCAUGGACACAGCAGUGUCGGUUGAGCUAUUCGUCGAGAUCCUCAACCGCUAUGUCUACUACUUUGACCAGGAAAAUGAUGCUGUGACGACCAAGUAUCUCAAUGGGUUGAUCGAACUGAUCCACUCGAACCUCAAUACGAAUGAAAACAGCUCGAGUUUAGACAACCCGAGAAGACAUUUCCAGCGGACAUUGGACUACAUUGCAGGUAGAGAGUACGCCGGAGUAGAAACGCGACCUAAAUGA